AUGAAGUUCUGCAACACCCUCAAUCCCGUUGCCGUGGCCUCAGUUGCCCUCCUGGGGGUUGCCGAUGCGUUUUGGCGGAUGAGCUGCGGUAGAGUCCAGACAGGACGUAUCGAUCCCAUCGUCACUCCCGGCAGAAUCUCCGGUCAUGCGCACACCAUCGUUGGCUCCAACAAUCUUGGUAUCAAUUCGACUUAUGAUCAGCUCUUCAACGCCCAGUGCACGAGCUGCGAGAUCCAUGAUGACAUGUCCGCCUAUUGGUCCCCUCAACUGUACUACCGAUACCCGAAUGGCUCCUUCGUAGAUGUUCCCAAUGGCGGCACCAUCCUUUACUACCUUGGACGAGGAGUUAACAGAAAUAACCUUACGCCCUAUCCCAAGGGCUUCCAGAUGCUGGCUGGAGAUGCUGGAGCUAGAUCAUACGAUAACACGACGAUGACUUGGGGCAAUGCUACGUACCCAAAUCGUCCAAUUGCGGACCGCGUCAGCUUUGCUUGUCUGCACGAGGGGUUUCUGCCAGAGAAGCCGUACAUGUUCCAGACUAACUGCAAGAACGGCUUGCGGGCCCAGAUCCACUUUCAGUCCUGCUGGAACGGAGUGGAUCUAUACAAGGCGGAUAACAGCCACGUCGCGUACAUGAGUCGCAUCGACGAGGGUGUUUGUCCUCCUACUCAUCCGUUCAAAUUCGUCCAUCUGUUCAUGGAGCUGUACUAUUCCGUCAACGACGUCACCAAUCAGGUCCCCGGGGGCACGUUCGUCUUCAGCCAGGGUGAUACGACCGGCUACGGAUUCCACGCUGAUUUCCAAAACGGAUGGAAUCCGGAAGUCCUUGCUGAGGCCUUGAAGACCUGCGCAAGCAACGAGGGCUCGUCCGGCGCAAUCAAAGAGUGUCCGAUCCUGCGGAAGAGCAACGUCGAUAACUUUAAGUGGCAGUGCCCAGAACGGGCCCCGCAGAUUGGAGAGCAGGUUGUUGGCGUCAUGGACAAGCUUCCUGGCUGUAACAGAGUCACUUCCGGCCCAGAGCGCGCAGGCGCAGCCGAUAUGUCCUGCCCCGCAGACGCGCCAAAGCCAUCCGUCACCUCAACUGUGGACACCGUGCCUAUCGCCACAGUUUAUCCCCAGGUUGGCGAAGAGGCUGGCAAUCCAGGAUGGGAAUAUCUGGGUUGUGCGCAGGACAACGCUACCGCCCGCGCGCUCUAUGCAACCAUGGGCAGCAACCUCACCACCAUGACUGUCGAGAGCUGCCAGAAUUUCUGUGCCUGGAAGGGUUAUGUAUUAGCCGCCACGCAGUUCGGCCGGGAGUGCUACUGCGGCAACUACUUCAGGGACAACAAGACUCCCAACUUCAAUGCCACCGGGUGCGACUACAGAUGCGCCGGCGAUCUAUCCAGAACCUGCGGCGGCUCCAGCAAGAUCGAAGUCUACAACAACACCCGCGUCACCCCGCCCCCGCCCCCGACCGUGCAAGCCAGCAGCGGCAAAUUCGUCGCCAAGGGCUGCUACAAAGAAAAGACGGGCGGCCGCGCCCUCGGGAACUAUUCCUUUGCCUCGGACACCAUGACCAUAGAGAGCUGCUCCAAGUUCUGCUUGGGCAAGAAGUGUCGGUGGGCUGGGCUGGAGUUUGGGUAA